AUGGUUGUAUUAUCGUUACCUUCGCUACGGGUCCUUCAUCAGUCACCGCUUUUGCCUCAUUCAGUGGAAAUCGACGACCCGAUUUGUCAAAAAAUGUCGUUUUCUGAACAUGGUCUUGGCAUUUAUAUGGCUAGUCCAUCGGAGGUUGAGAAGUAUACGAUAUGUGCAGAACUUGCUGAACAAGCGGCCGAGUCCCUUGGUGAUCUAUACGUUGCAUGCGAUCUUCCAGAACCACCGCGCAAUAACUCUUUCCUGAAGGUAAGUGUGUCGAUGGCUAUCGCAGCCCGCGAUAGCAGUGGUUAUAUAGGCAGGGUUCAUUAA